AUCUACCCGAGCCCCAGCGAUGGACUUUGGCCCCCACCGUGGCAGCUGAAGGACGGGCCCGGGUUGACUGACUCUAUAAACGGCGGCCCCGCGGCCAUCCCAUCAGCCUCCCAGCCUCCAGCACCGUGGUGACCCAGGCAGCGCAGCAGCACGAGGAGGAGGAGGUGGAAGAUGAAUCUGGCCAUCAUCUGGGCAGCUCUCUUGCUGUGCUUGGGGCUCCUAAUCCAGGUGCACUGUUCGCCGCUGCCCGAGGAGCAUUCUCUGCACCUGCGGAUGAAGAGGAUGACCCCAUUUUGGCGAGGGGUCUCCCUCCGGCCCAUCGGUGCCUCCUGCCGAGACAACACGGAGUGCAUCACUCUGCUCUGCAGAAAGAGUCGUUGCUCUCUGAAUAUUUCCCAAGAGUAACAUGCCAUACAGGGGAAGAUCAAGGCAGCAGCUGCUGCCAGCAAUACUCCGUUCUAUGGAAUAUUGAAUAUUUCCUGCACUUGAACCGAGGAAACUUGAGGAAAGCAAUUGUAUAUUUAAUAGAGACAGAUAUAGGCUUGGCUGGAGAUCACCCAACUCUUUCUGAGACAUGGAGAAGCAAAAUGAAAACCCUUGAAUUUGAGUUUUUAGAUUCUGUAUUUUUGUAUGUACCAACUAUUAAAUUUCCAUAUUCAGAACAAUGGUUUGCCAAUUUAUCCCAAAAGAGAAGAGAGCCACUCACAGAUCAUUAAAGGGAAAGGAGGGGUCAUGUUUGUUAAGAA